GGCGCUGGGCUGGCCGGGAGCGCCGCGGGAGGGCACGGCGACCAGCAGGGGUGGCGGAGGAGGGGAGAGCGGCUCCAGGCAGGAUGCAGGAUGCGGAGGACCUGACACUUCUUGGAAACUCUUGGAAAUGGCUCCCGCCCUGGCACCGGAGGGGGCUGCGAACCUGGGGCGGGCGCUCGCCCCUGCUGGGCUGCUGAGCCGCACUCGGAUGGAGGGCCCCGAGGCGCUGUCCCUGCGCUCUGCCGUCGGCUCGGGCUGAAAAAGUUUCUCCAUGGUUCCUUUGUGUCGCCCGAGCGCCCGUUCGCCAGCCCUGAGCUGCCCCAGUCUUCCUGGCAGGAGGAAGUGUCGGAGCAGCUAGUGGGCAGCUGGUGCCCCCCUGCACAGGCCACCACCCCAAGGUCUAGCCCCGUUCCACCGGCUCGCCAUGAUCGCCACUGGAGGCCUGCUGAGGAUUUCCGCCAGAAAGCAGGAUCCCCUCCGCCCCCCGAGCCAGGUCCCCAAGCGCAAGCGGAAAGCCAAGAAGAGGCGCAAGAAUGACGUGGUUGUGGUGAAAGGCAAGCUGAAGCUGUGCUCCAUCUCCGGGCUCAUCGCCCUCUGCGGGAUCUUGGUGCUGCUGGUGGGCAUAGCCAUGGCCGUGGUGGGCUACUGGCCCAAGGCCAACGGGACCAACAGGGAGGGAGGUAAGCAGCUGCCGCCCGCGGGCAGCGGCCACCGCGCCCCAACUAUGACCAACAGCAGCAGUGGCAGUAAAAACCGGUCCAGGAACCACGCCGGGAUUCCAGACGGUGUCAAUGCCAGUUCCGUGGGCGCGCCCAGGAGCACGCCUCCAGCGCGGUCCCCCGCCCCCUCUUCGUCGUCGUCGUCCUCCUCCUCCUCGUCAGUGGGUUUCUUCUUCCGCAUCUUCUCUGGCUACCUGCACUCCGACAAGCUCAAGGUCUUUGGACCCCUCAUCAUGGGCAUCGGCAUCUUCCUCUUCAUUUGCGCCAACGCCGUGCUCCAUGAGAACCGGGACAAGAAGACCAAGAUCAUCAACCUGAGGGACCUCUACUCCACUGUCAUCGACGUGCACAGCCUCCGUGCCAAAGACCUGGCGGCUGCCGCGGCCGCCUCCUCGUCCUCCGCUCCCACCGCAGUGCCCCCCGGGGGCGCACCGCUCAACGGCUUCCUCAGCUACGUGCAGGCGCGGGGCCUGGAGCUGAAGCCCGGAGGCUGUGGCAGCGCUGGGGACGCCUUCGGGGCGGCUGCGAUGCUGGCCAGGGGCGCAUGGCCCCACCACGCGGCGCUGGGCGGGGGCGGCGGCGGCGGCGGCGGCGGGACCCGGGGCACCGCGUCCCCGCCGGAUCUGGCCUCCUCCCCGCACUGCUCGCGGGAGCCGCCGAGCCUGGCGGAAGCCGUGUACAGCAUCUACCGCGAGCGCUCGGGCGUGGCCGGCCGUCGCCAGGCAGCCGCCGCCACCGCCGCUACCGUGGCCGCCAGCAGCGGCAGCAGCCCCGCGCCCCACAGCCCACCUGAGAGCUGGGGGCGCCCAAGCACCGCCAGCUCCCUCGUGGGCUCCUCACUGAGCGCCUUGGCACUGCUGCCUCUGCAAGGCGACCGCGACGGGGACGGGGACACAGAGAGCGCGAGCUGCGGCUGGCGGCGGCCGCCUGGGGAGCGCGGCUCCCAGGAGAUCCCGCGGGGCGAGCUCGACCUGAGCUUAACCGAUCUCCGCGGCGCGCGCUGGGCGCCCCGAGAGCUGGAGGAGCCCGCGGGCUCGGCGGUGGCGCGCACCAGCAGGGGGCAGGGCGGCCGCCUGCCCAGGACCGGCAGGUAUGCGGCCCUGCGGCGCCGCAGCACCAGCGGGCUCCCGGACUACCGGGCGCCUCCGAGCCCCGAGCCCCCGCCCGCCUCGCGCAGCGCAGACCUGGACUCGAGCCUUCCGGCCCCAGCUGCCUCCUCCUCGCCCGCUCUGCAACCCCAAUACUCGCCCCUCGCCAGGCCGGACUCACCGAGCUCCCAGUCGGUUGACCUGUCCUGCGGCAAUAAGGGCUACACCCCUCUGCGGGAGGCCGGCACCUCCCUGGAGUCGGCUGUGGACGUGGCAGGCAGUGAAAGUCCGGACGGUGAGGCUGCCACCGCCCAGGGUGAAGAGCAGAGCCCCCGGGAGCAUCCCAGCCACGAACCCCCCACGGCCAAGCCCCCCCAGCCGGUGCAGAGGCAGUUUACGAACAAGGAAAAACUCUUGAUGAUUUCCCGGUCUCACACCUCAGGGGUCGAGGACGGAGAACUGGAAAGUACUGGCAUUUAGGGAAAGAGGGAGGGAGAAGGUAAGACUGAGAAAAUAGCGGAAAUGCUCGCUUGGAUCAGUGAAUUUCACAGUUCCCUCUGUCCUUGUGGACUUGUCCGAGGCAAUCGUCCACUACCCAAAGAGCUGCAGAAUGUUAGUCUUGAAUUGCGUUCACGAGAUUCCUGUAGAUAAAUAACUCCAAGCAAUUUUUUUAAAGCGCAAACUAGUCUUUUAUGUCCGAUGGUGAUUGUAAGUUCUAUGAAAACCAAAUGUAUUAAAAGGUCAGCAAUCUAGUUCAUCAGAUAAAAUUCUCUUAAUUUUCUUAGGAUCAAAAUAAUCUAUUUUUGACAGUAACUGUGCACUUUACUCCAACUUUUUUUUUUAGUUCCCUAAUUUCCCUACCCUGUACUCAGCCACUGGUUUUGCCCAUAGCUGCUUGUGAAUGACAAGCUUUUUUCCUCCUGUGCUUUUGCAGAGCAUAGAAGGGUUUGCCUCAGUUCUCUAAGAACUGAUAUCACUAGAUGAAGUCAAAGCCAAAAGCAUGAGUAUGUCCGGGAAGAGCACUUUCCUUCCCUCACCCCAUUCUGCUCAUCCAACUGCCCAAAAGCCUCUUUAUUUUUUAAAAGGGUAUUUACAUUUUGCUACUAGGGUGUCUACUGGAGACUGGAAGGGGCCAGCAUCUGGGUGGACUGUUACAUUCCUUAAUUCACUCUAGCAAAGUCACAAUACUUUACUGAGUAUUACCACACCUAUAUCAAAAAUAGCAUUAAUAUGAAAAAAUCUUUUUGUAAUAAAAGAAGUUUCCAAACAGUUAAACUUAAUAUUGCCUCAUUGCACUGUGGAACUAAUGCUUCCAACACAUGUAAAGCACUCAACAGUUCAACUGGUAAAUCUAAAAUACUGUGCUAUGACAUUGCUACCGUGAUUGUAGUUACUUUCUCCCAAAGUGCUCAGCACCAUCCUCACUCAAUCAAUAUCAAGAAUAUUUUUAACUUUUGUAUGUAGGGUGGAAUUGGACAUCUGGGAGUUUCUCUUUCAAAUAGAAUGAAACAUUAAAUAAACAGUAAUUUUCUACAGUCCUCCAAGUAUGAAUUUACAGAACAUCAGGCUUAAUAUUCUGUUUUCAUCCUCUUGGAGUUGACUAUUUGCUUUUUGCUUUUAAAUUCUUGAUCUUGAAUCCACGGCCUACAUAGGCUAACAGGUAAUGUUUUCAUAAUGUGGUAGAUUGUUUACACUUGAUUUUGUUAAAACUCAGUUCAUUUUCAGGCACAGUAGACAAACACAGUAAUUAGUGUUCCAUUCUGAUGUCGUUUUCCUCUGAGUUUGAACUGAGCACCGUGGGAAUGGUGUUACUUGCUCUCGGCCAUUUGGACACAAGUUCUCCAGUUAAGCACAACUGAGGCUAUCUUUGCAGGAGGUUGAAAUACUGUUUUUCAAGGAAAAUCAGUCAAAGAUGUGGUCACAUUGGUCCCCAUGGUGAAGCAGUGGGCGCAGUGGAAAGAGUGCAGAUUUAAGAGUAAGAUGACCCCAGCUUUUGGCAUCUGCUAGCUGUGUAGCCAUGAACAACUCACAGCUUCCCAGUCUCAGUGACCCAAUAAAUUUAGGGUAUUUGUUUUUCUUGGAUAUAGUCAUAUCAUAUUUGUACACACAACUUGCAGAGUGAAUACAUUACUUCAUAAAUUACUGUAUAGUGUAACAUUCUGUAAUCAAUUUUUAAAGGAUCUAAUUUAUUCCCAGAUUGGAUUUUCAUUAAGCUAAUAAUUCACUUUAAAGCUGUGGAUUAAUUUAUCUGGCUCUUCUAUAUAUCAAAAGUGAGUUUCCACUAGUAAGAGUGACAAGCCAAGUAUAAUCAGACCUCCAAGUAGUGUUAAAUUUCAACUCACAAUUGUUUUAUCACACUUAUAAAAAUAUUCCAAGUUUUUCUUCUCCAUUACCUUGCAUACUGGGCAACUUAUAUACUGAGACAGUCUGAUGAGCUGUUUAAAAUGAAAAACAGGUUCUAGUGCUCUAAAAUGCUGUUACUAGUCAUCAGAGAAUGCACUGUAAGACUUUUAGCAAAUAAUGAAGCCGGUACCUCUCAGUUUAACUAAAGAGUGGCGUGCAGAAUAUACCUUACGAACUUAAGAAAAUUCAGUCCAACUUAUUGAUUCAACUUAACAAUGCCGAUUGCCUCAUUGUAUUAAUCAGAUUAAAUAAAAACUUCUAGCUCACACUGAUCCCCUUCUGGGAGCCUCUGACCCCCAAGUCCCCGCCCGCCUAGCGCAGCACAACCUGGACUUGAGCCUUCCAACUCAGGCCUCCUGAAAUUAAGUAACUUCGGAAAACUAAUUCAGCUCAGUAUCAAGUCCCAUCUAUCUUAACCACUGAGCAAUUCAACUAGAUUUGUUUCCCCUGAAGGUAAAAGAUGAGCCCAAAUCUUGGAAGGAGCUGGGCUUUCAUCAGACCUCAGACGGAAUCCUCUGCAGUUACCACUGUAGUAACUCACAGUCCUUCCCUUUCAUAGGAGCAGAGAUCUUCUACAAUAAUAAGGCUGGACUUUUACUCACUGCUCACUGUGGGCCAAGUGCUGUUCCACGUGCUGUAUACAUAUUAUCUCAAUGACUCUUCAUUCAAUCCUCACUCAACUCUGUUGAGGUGGGGUUGUUAUUAUCUCCACUUUCCAGACAGAGACACUGAGGUCAGAACAAUGGAGCCCUUGUCUGGGUUACACAGCCAUUAAAUGGUAGAGCCAGGAUUUACACAGAGCUGGGGAUUAUCUGUACCCACUGGCAGAUGCUGAGCUGAAGCUGACAUUUCUGGAGACCAUCAAAAUAUUUUCUACAUUUUUAGAGUCCUGCAGAAUCCUUUUCUAGAAACCAUUCUUCGGGCUAUUCGGAGAAGUGUUAGAAUGCACAGCCAGUUAAAAGCUGGAGUUCGCAUUCAAAUCUUCAGACCAGCAUAAACAAGGUUUUUUUCAAUGUCACUUUGCAGGGUUUGUGGGAGAUCAUAAUCAACCCCUGUCCUUUAUCAGUGAGGUUGCUAAGAAUUAGAAAGAUGGAAUAAUUCGUUCAAAGGCGAACAGCAACAGCCGGACUAGAAUGUUAAAACAGUGACAACAAUUGGCACACGCACCCUCACCCUGAAUUUCUCUCAUUCUAGCUGGGUGACCAUGGGCAAGCUACUCAACCUCUCUGUGUCUCAAUUUCCUUUCCCACACAAUGGUAAUAAUAAUGUGCCUAUCGCACAGGACCGGCGCAAAGACCAAAUGAAUUCAUACCUGUAUAGAAUGCGUACAAUGAGUAGAAAGUGUUCUUUAAAGUUGUUUUUGUUUUCUUUAAAAUACAAUCAACUGCUAAACAGAAUCAUUUCGUGUGGCCUGCCUUUUUAAUAACAGAAUAAUGUGGGGUUUAAAAUCUAGAGUUUAAGGCAAUAGAGCCUGACUGGGUGGGGUUUUGGAACCCUGGACCUGGGUUUCCACAUCUUGGUAAGUGGAGACAAUAAAGAGCAUCUGACUCAUGG